AAAAUGGAGAUGGACAAAACCUAUCAACAAAAGAUUUGGAGAGCAGAGAAAGAACUCAGCUUUACUCUAGAACAGCUCGCACUAUGUUUUGCUAAUAUGAACAAGAGAAAUGGCCAAAAAGUUAAUGAAAUGAUCUAUCAGAUGACGAAAGGAGAGCAGAAAUGGGACCAUAUGUGGCUUUAUUAUAGGAAAAUGGGGGAGAUUGAAGGUCUUGGAGACACGCACAGGGUGUGUAUUUUGAAUGGAGAUAUGAUCGGACUUCCUUUUAAGAGAUUGUUUCUGAAGAGAGCAGUUAUCACAUUAAUGGUCAAUGGGCUAAACCCAAAUUGGAAGUUGCCAGAAAAGUCAAUCAGCUCAUUAUGCUCGAUGUUAAAUAGAGGACCUGCAUCUGUGUUUAUUAAUUCAUUUGAAAUCUCAGCUAAACAGUUUCAGACAAUAGUCUCGGCUUGCACUAGUUGUAAAUAAAAUCAGAUUUAAUGAUUGAAAAAUUGGAACAGAAAAUCUCAGAUUCAGGACUAGUUUUGCACAAGAUAUUCGGGCAUUAUCAUUUUAUGCUUGUGGACAUUCGGAGAGGAGUAAUUGGGAUGAAUAUCCGGAAAGGAUCUAUAAUUUACUCAAAGCCAUAGCGCAAUCUGGUCUCAAACAGAAACUUCAAAUCUUUGAUUUUCACAAAGCAAAUAUUGCCGUACAAGAUAUGAUUGAUUGGAUAAUAGAACUUGGAUUAGAAAGACUAAAAGUUAUUUAUUACGAGAAAAGGAAAAAGCAUAUUCUCCAUUUAUCAGAAUAAUUGACUAAAUUCCGACAAAGUUUCAAUA